UUUAAAAUAUGCGAAGUGAAAAUCUUGUGAAGAAAAUGUGAGAAAUACACUGUAUAAAAGAGUAUGAAUAAGAAAGAGGAUAUCUUUGGUGUUGAAGAUGUGUUGCAGGUAAUAGAUGAUAUCAACACUAGUGAAAUUGAUUUCAGUGAAGAAUCAUCUGAUGAUGAAUACCAGCUAAUUGCUGAUAAUGAUGGAUACAUUCAUUUGCUUUGUGAUUCUGUAACAAGUGCAGAUGAAAACGAUGAAGAAAAUACAAGUACAGAUGGUGAUGAUUGCAUUCCAUUGGCUCAAAGAGUCAAGUCUUUUGCUGACAAUGAGACAAAAAAGGGUGUUUAUCGAUGGCGAAGACAUAGAUAUGUGCAUGUUGAAAAGCCUUUCAUGGGUGAUCAGUAUAUUGUACCUGAACCUCCACCAUCACCUUUGACAAUUUUUCAACAGUUUGUAAACAAAGAGAUGCUUAAAAACAUGUGUCAGCAAACUAACAUUUAUAGUGUUGAAAAAACUGGAACAUCUGUUAAUACUACAGUACAGGAAUUAGAAAAAUUAAUUGCAAUAUACUUCCACAUGGGGCUUUGUCAGCUUCCAUCUAUAAGAGCAUACUGGGAGAGAGCUACACGUUACCCACCAAUUGCUGAUGAGAUAUCCCGAAACCGAUUUGAGAAGCUCCUUACAGUACUACAUUUUAUUAACAACAAUGAUGCAACUGAUGACAUGAAAAAGGAUCGUGUUUGGAAAUUACGACCUUGGCUUAGAGACUUAAGAAGUAACUUUCUCAAAGUUACUCCUGAAGAACACCAGUCAAUUGAUGAGGUAAUGGUUGCGUUUAAAGGGAAGCAUGGACCAAGGGUGUACAUGCCAAAAAAGCCAACAAAGUGGGGAUUCAAAUUAUGGGCUAGAGCAUCAUCUACUGGUUUUAUGCAUGAUUUUGAUGUGUACCAGGGAGCAACUGAAGAAACCAAAAGUCGCUCUGAUGUAGGUGUUAGUGGUGAGGUGGUUCUCAAAUUGGCAUCUACCUUGCCUGAUAACAAAAACCACAAGCUUUAUGCUGAUAACUACUUCAACUCCUUUGCCUUAGUUGAAAAGUUACUAGACAGAGGUAUACAGUUCAUUGGAACGAUGCGUCAAAAUCGAAUGAAAGGGUGUCAGCUUAAACCUGAAAAAAUUCUAAAACAGGAAGGUCGAGGAGCAUAUGAUGAGGUAAAUGACUCAUCAAAAGGAAUUACCAUUGUCAGAUGGCUGGACAAAAAGGCAGUGACAUUGGUAUCUACUUACUGUGGAGCAGAACCAUUAGGUGUUGCAAAGAGAUGGGAAAAGAAGGAGAAGCAAUAUGUGGAAAUUCCCAAGCCAAAGCUUGUAGACGAGUACAAUAAGUUCAUGGGGGACAUUGACUUAAUGGACAUGCUUUGCUCAUUGUACAAGUAUUCCAUAAGAUCAAGGCGAUGGUAUCUUUACCUUUGGUUUCAUACCCUUACAGUGGCUAUGGUCAAUUCAUUGCUUCUUUUCAGAAAAAAUCAGAGAGGAAAGAAACAAAUCAAACUUCGUGACUUCCAAGCAACAAUUGCAGAGGGAUUGAUUAAGAUAGGAAAAGAAAGAAAAAGAAGACGAUCUUCCAAUGCCUCGACAUCUCGAAAAAGACCAACCACUCAACCAAAUGAAGAGAUACGGUUUGAUAAAAUAGAUCAUAUGCCUUCCUGGGAUGACAGACAUCGUCAGAGAUGUAAAAUUUGCUCUGCCUUUCGCUCUCAUGUUGUCUGUGGCAAAUGCAAUGUUUAUCUCUGCUUCAAUAAAGACAGAAAUUGCUUUAUGGAAUACCACACAAAUAAAUAA